CUUCCCUCCACCACGCCCACUCUCCAUCACAACCAUCCGGACGCGCGAUUGGCACAAUGAGGAAAACGUCUUAUGUGGUCGCCUUUUUUGCGGUCAUCGCGACCAUGCUUCUGAACUCCUUCUCGAUGCAGCGGCCCGACUGGCUCGUCGUGCACGACGCGGACAUCAUCCACAAGUCCGUCGUUGUCGAAUACGGCCUCAGCCGCCGCUGCGAGCUCAAGGUCGUCGAGAUUCCAAGCGGGGACGGCGGUCACAUCACAUACACGAACUACGACUGCCGGCCCUUCCCCUUGCGCGUCACCGACGGCUGCGAGAAGGAGAACAAGCAGUUUUGCGUGAUCUGGGGCACCGCAAGCUACUUCGCAAACCUCGGCGUCGGCUUUGCCGUCGUUGCCUGCCUCGCGAUUGGCUUUGGGGUCUCGACCCACUCUCGUAGGAGGCGUAUCUGGAAGUCGGUGUCUGUGUUGGUCGCGCUGCAUGUGCUGUCCCAAAUCAUUGUAUUCGCCGUCAUCACGCACCUCUAUCGCACAGACGCAUUCCCGACCUUCGAGCACGCUCGUCCUGGCUGGGCGUACAUACUCAACACCUUGUCCUGGGUCUUUGGUCUCUUGGUCAUGUUCGGCGUGGUGACCACUGGAAUGUCUGCUGAGAGGGGCCAUCGCUGGGCUGCCGGAAACCGGGCAUAUCAGCCCAUCGCUGGUUGAGGACCUACGCUUGGAUCACUCUUUGCUGGACGGACAUACCACUAUCCCCGCUCUAGAUGUUGCAAUUAUGAAACACCCUGCUCUCUGCUUUCCUUAUCUCCCCUUAUGAUUGCGACUUGUAUAUCUAGCUCCAGUCUGCUCGGAUGAUUCUUUCGUUUGUUACCCAACCCGCUGUAUAGUCUGCUUGACUAUUCGAGAUUCCCUCUGUCCAGUAAUAUCAUAUGAUCCGCCAGCCC